CCCCCGGUGUCACAGAAAGUUGCUACUAGGUUUAUGUGGGACCGCUCUUACAUCAUAGUUCUCUUGAUGGGUUUCGUGUCUUCAAUAGGAACUUGGUUUCCUUUGUUUUACGUACAGCUUUUCGCGGAGCAACAUGGCAUCGUACCCGAACUCGCAUUUUAUUCUAUUGCUAUCAUCAACGUUUCGAACAUUCCAGGUCGCAUAAUUCCAAACUGGCUUGGGGAUCGGUUUGGUGCCUUGGAAGUGUACAUUCCUUGCACGUUAUGUUGCGGAGCCGUCGGAUUUGCUUUAUUAGGAUGUACCACGCCUUAUGGAGUGGUACUGUUUUCAAUUUUCUAUGGUUUUUUCUUUGGUCCCACUAUAUCGCUCUAUCUCCCUGUGAUCGCUUCUCUGUCACCUAAAGGUGUUGACAUUGGAAGGCGCAUGGGUGUGUCCCUUUUUCCCGUUGGUGUGGCUUCCCUCAUUGGAACCCCCAUCACUGGUGCGGUCCUCGGCCCUUAUUAUGUCUGGUGGAAAGGGGUAACAUUUGCCUCGGUUGUUAUUUUGGCGGGUGGCUGUCUCUUAAUCCUAGCUAAACUGGGUAAACAUAGUUAAAAAUGCUUCGACAAUUGCUUCAGUGUCCCUACGGGCCAUCAGUAAACUUACUUUCCUCUAAACAAUUUUGAAUAGUCAGUUAAGAUGAA